GUCAAGCUGUACAUAGGACAACAGUCUUUCACUCUAUACCAGUUACUGGCCAUCGCAGCAAACAUGGGUGUUUUCAGCGAAAUCGCUAUUAGCAUUUUCUCCAUCUUCUUGUUGCAAGACGUGACAAAUGGUUACUACCAAGAUACUAGUUGCACAACCAAAGCGAAGCUGGGUAAGAUCCGCGAGGUUACGACUCAUCCGGCAAGGGAGGAAUUGGUCAAGGGAGGUCCGCUUGAUGUGACCUUGAGGGUAACAACGCCCUUUAAACCUCAAGCUUCCUGGGCAUUUGUUAAAACCAUUCAAAACCACGAAGAUAAUUACUACAACAGCUAUUUCAUCCCGGUGCAAGAGAAAGAUACAGGAAGCAUGAGAACGAAGACUGAAUCCGAAGGUUCGAACUCGUAUUCGUUCUCCCUUCAUCUCGAUUCGUUCGACCAAGAUCGCAUCUUUCUCACCCUUCAACUUGACCACCCCUGCAAUGCAAUAACUAUAGAGGGAAAUAUGGUUUACUGGUUGAAUAUGACUGGCGUAGACCUACCCACUGCGCUCAGUGUGCCAAAACCCUUUAUCGACCUGAGCGGAAAAUCUGAGGCCAGAAUGAAGGUGGGAAUGGAGGUCAAUGAUGCCACCCUGGAAGUCUUUCGCUCUAUGGCCUAUUUCAGAACUAUUGGGAAAAAUGGAAUUCUGAAUAUGCGUAAUGGUAUACGUAGCCGCGAUCCUAUUCGUAUUGAGUUUCAGUCUAGCUCUGGGGCGCGUGGUCCAAGGUACGGCAAAAGCGUCGUCGGAGUGAUGGUCCUAACGAAGCGGCAAGAGACACUCGGUGAUGUCGAAGCGAUGACUUUACGCACUGAAGCCAAUCUACUUUAUAGCGGCCAGGAUUAUUGGCAAGGAGGGCUCGUUAUUUGGGCAAUGACGCAAAUCAAACUGAUGGACAUCGCAAGACCAGCGAUCGGGAUCAUCUCACAUCAAUGGCAUAGCGGGGUGCGGUUUCCAACGGAUGAAAACGGUGUCAAAAUCGGUUUCGUUGACUCAGAUGGCACAAUUCUAAUCCCAUUUCUCCAGGAUGGAAACAUGAAAGUGCCCUUGGUGUUUCAAUGUUUGGCCGAGGGAGGUGAACAAACUCCUUACGUAGCGGUUGCUUUAAAUGGUAUGAACGAUGGCGAAGUGUUGGAUCCCUUAGGCAGUACCGAGUAUCCUGGAAUGAUGACCAGUAUCUUCGAAGUUCCCUCACAGAGCGACAAGAAGGCAGAUUUUAUUUGCAGCGCGGCUCAAGGUGAGGUGGUGACCAACGUGCCAUUUAGAACAAUAGUCACAGAGGCGGUCGAGACUACGACAGACCUUGAGGAUGUGGUGCCUUUGGAUGAGGAGACAUUUGCAAAUGGUUUCACGUUCAUCUGCAGAGCAAAAGGCGAUCCCAUCCCGACCAUCAGGUUCUAUAAGGAGGACAAAUACAGCCUUGGUCACCCACCAAAUGCAAUCAAUCUCCUCGAUGAUGAAUACUUCGCCGGUGAGAUAAAGGACUCAGACCGCUUUGGUAUAGCGUCUUCAGCGGGCCAGGCAACCUUGACCGUAUUUCCAGGUGACUCCCCCUAUCCAUAUGAUGACGAGGCUUUCAGACUGGUCUGUGUCGGCGCAAACCAGUUCUCCGCCGACGCUGCAUAUAUUGAUUUCAUUGCACCGAAUGUCAAUAUCACUAAUUUCUAUUAAAAAAACGAAAACGCAGUUGAACUGGAAGAGACUGGCUGCUUCAGUGGCCCGCCUCAGAUAAUCAGAUGACCUUGACCGACUCUCCUGUUAGCUUCUCUUCCGUUUAUAUCUUUCCAUGCCUUUUUGAUUUCCCGCGCAAAUCAGAUUAUCUCCACCGACGGAUCGACAACGAGAGGGCCCUGGAGAGAAGAAGACACACUGGUUUGCCCGGGUGAAUACAGUUCAACUUAAAUGUAUAUGUAUACGUCAAAUCGUGUUAUCUUUGAAAGAAUUAUCAAAAGAAGAAUUUAAUAAAAGGCA